AUGGAUCCUCCUGCAGUGACGGACGACGACAGGGAGCUGCAUAAGCUAGGAUACCAGGCUGUCUUGGCCCGUGGAUGGGGCGCCUUUGACAAUUUCGCUUGCUCGUUUUCCGCCCUUAAUGUUAUUGGCGGUAUUCGAGUGUUGUUCUACAUCGCUCUCAGCGCGGGGGGUCCUGCGGCCAUGUGGAGCUCCUGGCUCUCUGGUAGUAUUCUCUCCGUCAUCACCGCCGCCACCCUAGCAGAGGCCUGUUCUGCGUACCCCGCGGCCGGCUCUAUCUAUUACUGGGCUUUCCAGUCAUGGGGAGGCGCUAGGACAGCGCGCUUCAUUUCCUUCUUGGUAGCCGCCUGGACGCUGGUGGCGUGGACCUCGUUUCUAGCGACGGAUUCCUUUGGGGUCGCGAACUACCUCAUUUCCGAAGUGGUGAUCUUCAAUCCGAACUCCUCAUUCCCCUCUGCAACGUCGGAUGUAAAGGCGCGAGCAGUCGCUUGGGCCUUUUCCUUGUUUUUCCUCGCCCUCGCGGCCUCGCUAAAUUUCUUACCGCCCCGGUUUUACUCCUGGGUUUUUCGUGCUGGUGUCCUUGUGAUUACCAUCGACAUGCUCCUGAACUUCAUCUGGUUGCCUAUCGGAGUAUCAAAAACAUAUGGCUUCCGGUCGGCGGAGUACGUAUUCACAUCAACAUACAACGGGGGCGGCACAAGUGGCGGCUUGAACUGGGUUUUGUCAUGGUAUUUGACCGCUAGCUGUCUGGUAGGUGAGGAUGCCUCAGGCCACGUCGCAGAGGAGACGGUCGCGGCGAAUAAGUCCGCCGCUAAGGGAGUCUUCUGGUCGACUGUGGCCUCUGCCCUGUGUGGCUUCCCUAUCAUCAUUCUCUUCUUGUUUUGCAUGCCACCAAUCGAUACUUUCUAUGACACGAGCGCUCCGCAGCCGUUCAUCAACAUGUACGCCCUCGCCUUGGGUCCACGUGCGCACGUUGUUGCCACUGUUGUCGCUAUGAUCGGCGCCAUCCUCAACACCUCGAUUUCUCUCGUGGCCGUCUCGCGUUUGGUGUUCGCCAUCGCGAGAGACUCGGUUUUCCCCUACAGUGACUGGCUCCGUCGCGUGUCCAAGGAUAAACAGCCGCACAACGCGGUAAUUUUCAUCUCGGUGUGUGCCGCACUUCUGCUUUGCACGCAGUUACCGUCGCAGGUCGCGUUUUCCAGCUUGACAUCUACUUCGGCUGCGGGGUCCAUUGCCGCGUACGGGAUUCUUGGCUUCGGUCGUGCAUUUAUCACUCGGAAGAAGUUUCAACCCGAGUUUUGGGACCUGGGGCGCUUCGGGGUGAUAUGUGCGAUCGUGACGUUCAUAUGGAAUAGCUUCGCAUUCGCGGUGCUUUGCGCCCCGCAGUAUGGCGAUGGUAUGAUCGACAAGGAUUCCACUUUGUUCAACUACGCGAUCGUGAUUAUGGCUGGAAUCACGGUGAUUGCACUGGAGGAAUGGUGGCGAAAGUCUCGAGAUGAUUGGUUUGGGAAUUUGAAAGAGAAAGAGACUGGGGAUAGUUUCGGCCCGCAGGUGGUUAAUACGGCGUGA